AGCAUUGCAGGGCCCGAAGUCAGUUUCUGAAAAGUUUGAGAUCCAAGUUGAAGAAGAAGAAGAUGAUGAUGAUGUGGAAGAAGAGGAAAUUGGUGGUCUGAUCAAUUCAGACGGAGAAGAAAUUGGUUGGGAUCGUCAUCGUAUCAGACAGAGCGUCAGCCGUCCUUCUGACAGCGAGGAGAGUCCCUCCGCAUCAGCAGAACCUGAACAACACCAGGAGAAGAAUCACAACAACACCAAGUCUCACCACUGCUUUAGAUGUGGGAAAGACUUUGCCAACAUCUCUAACCUCCGGCGACACCAGAAGAGACACUCAGAAGAGAGUUCCGAACACAGAUCCAACAGCGAAGCCAGGAAGUCCCACUGCUGCCCAGAAUGUGGAAGAGACUGUAAGAAGCUAUCAGCUCUACAGAAACACAUGAAGAUCCACACAGGAGAGAAGCCGUACCCUUGCUCCGUGUGUGGGAAACAGUUCCGUGAAAGAACAGCCCUCCGAGACCACCAGAAAGUGCACACGAGAGAAAAACCUUACCCUUGCCCCGACUGUGGGAAGAGGUUCGCUCACUCAGGAGCUAUGAAGAGACACCUGCUGACACACACCGGAGAAAAACCUUACUCCUGCUCUGUGUGUGGGAGGAGCUACACCCAGAUAGGGCGACUGAGAGAACACGAGCGAACACACAGCGAGGAGAAACACGACUGUUCCAUCUGUUGGAGGAGCUUCUCCAAAGCCACGGCCCUCGUCGCUCACUUCAGGACUCACACUGGAGAGAGACCCUACGGCUGUGAGGAGUGUGGGAAGAGCUACGUACGAACCCAGAACCUCCGAGCCCAUCAGAGGAAAAGUCACAGCAGCUCACUACCAAACCCUGGGACUGGGACAGGGGAAGACCUGGCUGCAAGGGUGAAGAGUGAAGAGGAUUCUGUUAGUAUCAGUGAUGAAGAGGAGAAGGAGUUGAUGCUAGCAGGGUGGAGGAAAACGACGACUAGCCUUACACAUUAGGACAGCUUCCUCUUUGUGCUGACCAUCUCUAGACACCGAAUGAAUACAAUGGACCAAAACAAGGACCAGCCGUCCACAUAGGAUUUGCUGCAUCCAAAAUGGUACUCUAUUCCCUAAAUACCAGGUUCUGGUCAAAACUAGUGCACUACAUAGGGAAUAGGGUGUCAUUUGGGAUGCAGAUAGUCUUUGUGGUGAUGAUCUGUAGACAAAGAACCAAUAGAAUGGACUGUAGUUCUAAAUUCCACCAGAGGAGGGCAGCAAAGUCGGACGYAAAUUAUUAGUGUUGAGAAAUUGAGUUUGAUCUAAAACAUACACUACAUGACUAAAAGUAUGUGGACACCUGCUCAUCUAACAUCUCAUUCCAAAAUCAUUGACAUUAAU